CGGUGGCACCAAAGUUGCGCCAGCCAAUCGCCGCCCUCCGCCUCACCCUCCGCCCCGCUGCAGCGUCACCGGCUAGCAGCCCCCGGCAAGCGCUCGCCCGGCACGCGCGCCUUCCACUCCGCCGCCCCUUCUAGCCAAGGUCGCGGGAGAGCAGCCAGCCAGCAGCGGGUUACUGCAGGUCGUGGCCGGCAGUUUAAAUUCCCGAGCGAGGGCUUGGCGGAGGAAGAGUGUUAAGCGCAGGUUCCAGAGCGAGCAUCCGAGGACCCGAAGGGCGAGCUGAAAAAGCCGCCCGUGUCGCUGCCGUUCCGGGCGAAGGAGCUUCACCUGCGCCGUCGCAGUUUUUGCAGGAGGAGGUUGCUGCAGACCUUUCUACCAUGCCUGCCUUUACUCACAUUACCCAGAAUGCUGUAGCUCAUUCAGAAAAAAUCCAUCCCACCUUUGAGCAAAUGGGGUCAGAACGAGAGAUGAAAGAUGACAUUUUUGACACGACUUAUCGUGAGAAAGAGGGUCCUAAGCCUGCACUAAGAUACGUCUGGAGGAACAUUAUUCUCAUGUCUCUUCUCCAUCUGACUGCUGUGUAUGCCAUCUGGUUCAUACCUUCUGCAAAGCUACUCACUUUGGCGUGGGCUCUUUUGUGCUUCACCUUGGCUGGUCUUGGCGUUACAGCUGGAGCACAUCGGCUUUGGAGUCACCGGUCUUACAAAGCUACUUUACCUCUUAGAAUAUUCUUGACCGUAGUCAACUCCAUGGCUUUCCAGAAUGAUAUUUUUGAGUGGGCCAGAGAUCACCGUGUGCACCACAAGUUCUCUGAGACGGAUGCAGAUCCCCACAACGCAAAACGGGGCUUUUUCUUUGCUCAUAUUGGCUGGUUGUUGGUCCGCAAACAUCCUGAUGUCAUUGAAAAAGGACAGAAGCUGGACUUGUCUGACCUGAAAGCUGAUCAAGUUGUGAUGUUCCAGAGGAGGUAUUACAAGACCUCAGUGGUCCUCAUGUGCUUCUUGCUUCCUUCCUGGGUUCCUUGGUAUUUUUGGGGAGAAAGCUUUCUCAUCAGCUUCCUGAUGACCAUUUGUCGCUACACUGCAACCCUCAAUGCCAGCUGGUUGGUGAACAGCAUGGCUCACAUGUAUGGCAAUCGGCCGUAUGAUCGUCACAUCAACCCCAGGGAAAAUCACUUUGUGGUUUUUGGAGCUUUGGGGGAAGGCUUCCAUAAUUACCAUCAUACUUUCCCCUUUGAUUACUCAACAAGUGAAUAUGGCUGGCGGUGGAAUGUCACUACUAGUUUUAUUGAUCUUAUGUGCUUUCUUGGAUUGGCCAGUGACUGCAAGAAAGUGACCAAGGAGACGAUCUUGGCCCGAAAAAUUCGGACUGGUGAUGGAAGCCAGAAGACUAGCUGAAAAACUGGUUUCCCUGACCUCUCUUUUCUCCUUUUUUCCAACAACCUAGCCGUAUAUAUGAUCUGUUUACUAGCCAUUUAGGACUGUGCAAAGCAUGAAACGGGAGGGGGCUUCGCAAAGUGCAUUGGCACAAGUUGAAACAUUAAAGCAGCUGUAUCCCCUCUGAAAGGCCAGGUGCUGCUGUUUUGAAGGCUUUUCCUGGUUCUUGUGCUCAGGUGUGUGUAUACCUAGCUGCUUUGCCUGGCUGACAGUCGAAUGAGAUGGGCUUUCUGUGCAUACAUAAAAUGCGAACAGUCAAGUUUGUCCCUCAGAACAGCCAAACUAAACUGUCUGUCUGGACAUGAUAGCUACUUCAUGCUUUGAGGGUGAAUCAUUUUGCAAAGCCCCCUUUCAAAUGCUUUGCACAGCCACGUAACUACCAAGCAAUGUGUUCAGGAUGCUAAAUGGGUAACUAACUCAUUCCAGUAUUGUCUUUUGAAACAACCUUCCCCCCUACCCCCAACCGACCUUGGAGGCUGCUUUUCUAUGUCUUUUCCACUCCUUCUCUGCAAAAGUUUCUUUCUUUCUUCUCUGUUUUCUGUCUCUCUCCUUAGCAACUGAUAAAACAUCCCAAUUCUGAGUUCUCGGUUGGAAGAGGAUUUAGGAGGAUUAAAAGGACGGAUUGGUACCAAAGUAGAAACCUUCUUUCUUAGAAUGAGUAACAACUCAUGACUGGCUUAUAGUCAUUUACCUUCCCCUUAGCUCUGGUGCUGUUGAAGCUCUCUUCUUUUUCUGGUAGAAAAACAGAAGUUGGACUUCUAGUUAGCAGUUUUGAAAACUAUGAGAAAAUGUAUAUACUGAAAUGGGAAGGCAGAAGAUAAAGAUCAUUUUAUAGGAGACAUGCGUAAUUUUACAGAUCAGUCUCGUAGUAGUGGUUGAUAUUUUUAGUUGGUGCUAGGCAAUUGGAGCUCCCUUCCUCCAUAUCUGCCUGUCAUUGCUGCUUGUCCUUAACAAGACCUGUCUGCAGGAUUCUUGAGAUGGCAAGAUGGGGGAAUCAUGUAAAGAUGCUGAUCACUCUAUAGCAGUGAAGUGUAUCUGAUUAAGAACAUGCUCAAAGAUUUAAAAAGAUGUAUGCACUAAAGGAGGUUUUUUUUUUGUAGCUGAAGUUUUUUUUUAAUGUGCAAAAGAAUGAAUUGUAUGUUGCAUGCUUGCUGAUAUAUAUAGUAGUAGGUCAUUUCUGUUCUCAAGUGAUUUAGUUAGUUUAGUAUCAAGUGAUUCAGCUAAUUUAUUUCUCAAUUCCUGGUCCAUUUUCUGAACCAAAUCUGCUGUAAUUCUUUUCCCCAUAGGUAGCUGUGGCAACGCUCUCCUCCCCUCCAUUCUCACCACUUUUCUGGUUGUCAUUAUAAUAUUAUAAUCCAAAAAGGAAAGUGUCUUAAACAAGGGGAAACGAAAAGGCAAGGUUCUUCUUUUCUUUCUCUUUUGUCUUCCUGUGCCUUUAAUAUUUUCAUCUCUAAUGGCACUCAUAGUUACAGUCAGCAUCACAAUCAAUAUCAUCAUAGUUACAAUCAGCAUCACAGCCUGGCUCAUAUUACCUUUAUCUUUUUGUUUUGUAAAAUUCGCCAAUUGUCUGCACUUGUUAACAAUAAACAAAAAACAUUCCCAUGAA